UGUGAAAGAGAGAACAAAUUUUUGCAUUUCAUCAUGGAUGAAGAGUGGGAGUUUCUGAGAAGGCCUGCUGCACCGCCACAGCAAGAAGAUAGAAAAGAAGCAAUACAUAUAAAAGUUACAUUCGGAGGAACACAAAAGGAAUAUGCUGUAUUAGAAGAUGCCACGCUUGAGGACAUAUACAUUGAUUAUGAGCAUAGAUUUGGCAUGCCACUGGUUUUGGAGCAGAACGGAAGAGCAGUAUCUCGGUAUGCCAAAGCAAAUAUUCUUAAAACAGAAAAUGGCAAGUGUUUUCUCAAAGUAGUACUGCCAAAGAACUAUGUUCCAAAGAAAACAAAUAUAAUUAAAUAUAUAGUGCAGUAUGGAAGAUAUGAAAAAAUUGAGGUGGAGAGAGAAGGUGAAAUAACAGUAAAAGAUCUUCUUGAUAAGGUAAAACUGUCCCUUUCAUCUCUUCCAGGCAUACAAAAUGCAUAUUUUGAAUUUGAUGGGGAUGUCUUAGAGGAUUCUCAGCUACUAGAUGAUGUUCUGCAAAAUAACGACUUAAUUGAUCUGCACAGACGAUAGACCAGAAUAGAAUAGAGCAUAACCUACUAUAUAAGUAUAGCCUGAAAGCAUGAUUAGUAAAUAUUCAUUAAUACUUAUUUGAGUUUAUAUUUAUAUAUUCC